UGGCCGCCAAUGUGGAAAUCCAGGAUUUAGCAGCUGAUAAAUUCUGUGAGAAGAAAUAAAGUUUACUGGAAAUAAUUCCGUCAAAAAUACAAAAUAGCUGUUUCGGAGGCCGCGGGGAUUGCUUAAGGACAAUAUCUGAAAGGUUUUGUUAGAGAUACGAGUAUGAAACGAGCGAAAAAAGACGAUGAUGAACAGGCGACUGGAGAGCCUUCAAACAAAAAAACUUUCAUGGCUAUACCACCUGUUAAUGUUGGUCCUGUCUCCACUGAGGAGGAAAUGGAUAUUCAGGUUUUGAGGUUUCAGAACAAGAAACUUGGAGAACGACUGGAAGAAAUGAAAGUUGAGGAGGAGAACUUGAAGAUUCAAAUUGAAGAAUACAAGAAGAGAGAAAGAGAUAACACAGAAUUAUUGUCUGUAAUACACCGUGCUUGGAACCAGAUGGAAGAGGAGACAAGAUUGUUGGUUGAAAGAUUUGAACAGCCCACUAGUGAAGAAAAUCAAGAUUUAGUUCUAGAUGAGAUGACAAGUAUUUCAUUUAUAAAACAUCUGAAACAAGUGACUCCUGCCGAAAGGGAAGAUGAACUGACAAAAAAGAUAUCUGCAUCAAGGGAUAUCAUUGCGAAGCUGUUAGAGCUUGUCAAAAAUGCUGAGAAGAACAACAAAGAUUUAGUCCAACAACUGAACGAAGAAGGUUCUGUAGAAGAGGUCACCAGAGAAACAAUGAAUAAGUUGAUCAAAGAGAGUGAAAAUCUUCAGAAGUUAGUGGCCUCUCUUCAAGAACAGCAUUCAACAAACUCCCUUGAGUUUGCAGAACUUCGUAACAAGUAUGCGAUGGCCCAAGAUGAACUCUCAGAGAAGAACACAAGCUUACAGGAGGCAGAAUAUGACCUGCAGAAACGCAACCACAGAGUUGAAAGGUUGCUGAAAAGACUCAGUGAAGUCGAGAAGCAAUGCAAGACAUUGCCAGCUGGUACUACCGUUGAGAAAUCUGUCAAAGGGGAACAGCCUUUGAACACAGGAGAGGCCAUCAAGAUGCAAUCCGAUUACGAAGAGCAAAAAUUAUUGGCUGAACAACGUCUUGUUGAGUUGGAGAAACUGACAGAAAAUUAUAAAGGCUCGCUUGAGGAAAUUGAAAAGCAUAAAAUGGAAGCUUUGCAGAUUCCAGAAUCUGUGGUUCUUCAGUCAGCCCCAUACAGAACCCUACAGUCUCAAUAUUCUGUCAUCUUUAAUGAACUAAAUCUGGCACGACAACAGCUUGAAGAAAUUAGAAGGAUUGCAAACAACAGCAGAACUCAACAUAUUCUUCAACUUGAGCAGUUGGAGAACGAGAGCUUGGCUGUGCAGAAAAAAUUCCAAGCAGAGAUUGCUCGGGUCGAAGAUGCUCUGAUGCAAGUUCGUCGUGAUUAUGAGUUGUUGCGAAUGAAAUAUGAGCACUAUUUGAAAACAAAUGAACAGACUGGUCCAAUGAUUAAAGAAAUGGACAACAUUAUAAAGAGCUUACAAAACAGCAACAGGCAACUUAAGGUCGAAAUUGGACGUUUCAAAACAAAACUUGCCAAGGAAGAAGAGGAGACAAAAAGACUGCAUGCUGAGUUGGAAAACAUAAUCUCAGGAAAGAAGCCAGUGGUUGAUACACCUGUUGCCGAGGAAACCACGGCAGACGCCACAGGGUCUGCCCCAACUGAGGAGGAAAAGACUGGGGAGAAGGAAAAUCAAGAGGAUGGUGAAUUGCCCACAGAAAGCGACGAAUUGAAAGCUCUGAAAUCUGAACUAAAACAAUCUCAGGAAAGUCAGAAAGAGAUGAAAGUUAUGUUGGAUGUUUAUAAAGGUGCUUCGAAAGACAAUAGAGAAAAACUUGAAAUGCUAACAAACGAGAAACGUCUGAAAUCUGAAAUUGAAGAACUUCACGCAAAGAUUGCCGAAGGCAAGCAAGAAAUUGAGAAAUGCAAAGCGGCCAUGGCGGAUGAACUGGCUUUGAAAAGACUAAAAGCAGCGAACGAAACAAUCGAGAUGUUGCAAAGAAAAAUAGCAGCCACAAAACAGGAAGAAGACGCGCUGCUUUCAGAAAUGGAGUUCACAGGACAAGCCUUUGAGGAAAUGCAGGAGCAAAAUAUUCGCGUUCUGCAAGAAUUACGCGAGAAAGAAGAAGCUAACUUGAAACUGAUGUCUGAACGAAUUAAAGGAGAUCAGAUCCAGAAACAGCUGAAAGAAGAGAAAGAUGUAAUGGCGGACCAAAUCACUGCGCUGAACUCGCAUAUUGAUGCUCAGGAACAAGUCAUUAAAAAGCUUGAGGAACGGGAGAGAAGCCUACAAUCAACGCUGUUAUCCAUUGACAAAGAGCUUGUACUUCGGCAACAGGCGAUGGAUCUUCAUAAAAGAAAGGCUACUGAAAGUGCUCAGACUGCGCAAGAUUUUAAAAUUCGUAUUGAGUCCUUUCAGCAGCAGUUACAAGAGGCAGAAAAGUCUUUGAGAACCAAAACAAGAUCUUUAGAAGAGGAAAUCUUCCGCAGCAGACGAAUGCAGGAGGAGAUUUCGAGUUUUAAACGGAAACUUGAGAAACAGAAGAAAAUGGACGUCUAUGGAACGGCAGAUGAAAUACUUCUGGAAGAAAUCAAGGAAUAUAAAGCAAGACUCACAUGUCCUUGUUGUAACACGCGACAGAAAGACGCUAUCCUAACCAAAUGCUAUCAUAUCUUUUGUUUUGAGUGUUUGAAGACACGUUAUGACACAAGGCAACGAAAAUGUCCAAAAUGCAAUGCAACAUUCGGAAAUAAUGACUUCAAGAAGGUCUAUCUGUAGUGGAUGAAAGUGAACAAAUAGGUUUUUAAAAUCUUAUAGAUUGUAAUUUCGUUUAAAUAUUGUAAUAUACGCCUCGCUUUUAUUCUAUCGUGGGUGGCUCAUGGUGGAGACAUGUAUGAAUACAGAGACUCACCACUGAUCUG